UCCGCCAGAUAAGAUGCAACUCGAUAAACACACACAGAGAGAGAAUCGUAAAAUACGCCGACUGUCUGAGAGAUGAUCGACACAAAAGGAGUGUAGUAUAGUGUUGUACCUGCCGGACUCGCGCGCGUUUCUGAUAUAAAGUUCCACGCAGUGUGUGUGUGUGUGGGUGUGUGUGUGUGUGUCGAUUUCUAAAUCAUCGUAAAAGGCAGUAGUGUGCAGUGAAAAUCGCGUAUAGAGAUCGAAAGUCGAGAGGGCGAGAGUGAGAUGAGAUGGUUGGCCUUGGCGACCUGCCUGGUACUGCUGCUAGACCCGGCUCUAGCUCUGCAGGAGAUCGGGGAAGUGAGGAAUCUCAGUGUCUCCGUUGUCGCCGUCGAGGAUCUCGAAGACGGGGAUGAGGCGAGUUUCGCUGGCGAUACCAGUUUGAAGCUCAACGUGUCCUGGCUGCCUCCCGAGGGCGACAGGAAACCGUCGUUCUACAGCGUCCUGGUAACCAACGUUGAAUCCAACCACAACAAUGCAAGCAACGCGAACAGCAGCUCAUCCUGCAGCGAAGGCUCGAUCUACUACGUGGGCCAGAACGUCUCCCAGAGCGACGUCCUGCUACCGGAGAACAGGUUCGGCAGCGGACUCAUCGCAGCCUACGACGGGGCCCUCGACGAGCUCGACAUCGAGCCCGCCUGCUCGUACAGGGUGCAAGUUUUUGCCUACCCCAGGAACAGCCUCGGCAACGCGUCAGCCUCGCCUCCAUCGGUCGUGUACACGGUGCCGGAAUGCGUGGGCGGUCGGUGCAGCUGCGAGCGGGCGCAAGAGGAGCUUCCGGUGCCCCUGGUCGCCGCUGCGAGUCUCGGCAAUGGCAGCACUUUUCUCAGCUGGAAAGUCCAGUCGGAGACGGGAGGACGACAAGUCCAGGCUUACAGAAUUAGCGUCGGAGUACCCCACCUGACGUCGUCGAGCGGCCUGACCGUCUACAACAAGACGCACAUAUUCACGAGCGACAAAGAGGAGACCUCGUACCUGUGGAAUCACGAGGAGAAGCCGAAGAAAGGCACCAAGAUCUUCGUGGCCGCACAGGAUCAAAACGGCUGUCUCGGCAACGAAGGGUCUUAUGUGCUGAAACGGCCGAGACAUCAUCCUUUUUAUCGGAAAAACGCCAUAGCUAUAGUUUUCGCUGGACUCGUAGCGGUGUGUCUGAUGGUCAGCGGGAUCUUCAGCUUCAUCAGGUACUUUGCGCGGAAUCACAAUUACAAGCUGGUAUCGUUGAGGCAGAAAUCUUCGAGACAAAUUAGCUCGGUUCUGCAAAAUGCACACAUCGAGGCCCUCUUGAAGAAUCGGAACAUUCUCUACGUCGAGCAGGAGAUACAGGACACCGCUCGCAAGGAUCUGCCGGACGAGGCUCACGAGAUCUCCUACAGCCGACUGCGGAUCGUCCGUGAGCUCGGCCAGGGCCAAUUCGGCAAGGUUUAUCUGGCGAAUCUCCUCGACUCGGAGAACGGCAGCAGCAGCAGCAGCAGCAGUUUGGUCGCCGUGAAAAUGUCGUCGCUGACGAGCUCGGACUCAGCACGAGUGCAAUUAGACGUGAGACAGCAGCUGCUGGAGGAAAUCGCGAUCACGAAGGUCGCAGGCUCGCAUCCGCACCUGGUCGGACUCGUGGGCUGCUGUACGCUGCCGGAGCAGCCGGUCUGUCUGGUGCUCGAGUACAUGCGCGGCGGCGAUCUGCACAGCUACCUGCACAGGAUGCGAGAGGCCCUCGACGCGGCGAACGACGCCAGUCCUCUGGAGAGUCCCGGUGUCAGCAGCGUCGCCGAGACGACGUGUACGAGCCUGGGCAGCCAGUCGCCAUCGACGCCGACGUCGCGGGUAUUCUUCCCGAACGAGAUCAAAGCCGACGAGGCGACGAACUUCCGGAGCGAGGGUCCCAUCAGUCACGCGGAAAUGAUGCGGUUUGCUCUGGAAAUAGCCAAGGGAAUGGAACAGCUCGAGGCGAGGGGCAUCGUGCAUCGGGAUCUGGCCGCGCGAAACGUUCUCAUGGACGAAAACCUCGUGCUCAAGAUCUCCGACUUCGGCCUCUCGCGCAAAGGCACCUACACCCUGGGCGUCAACGGCACCCGACGUCUGCCCAUCCGCUGGAUGCCUCCGGAAGCGAUACGCCGUCGAGCUUUCACGAGCAAGAGCGACGUCUGGUCCUACGGCGUGGUGCUCUGGGAAAUCGCGAGUCUCGGCGACUUUCCUUACGCCAGGCUCUCGGACGACGCCCUCCUGUGCCACCUGCUGGAGGAGAACGGCAGACCCGAGCUGCUGGAGGAAGCCUCGGACGAGAUGAGCGAGAUCAUGGACACUUGCUGGGCCUUGAGGCCCGAACAAAGGCCGAAUUUCAAGCAAAUCGUCGCCUGGAUCGAGAGCAAGAGGGAGCUGGCCAGGAAGAAUAAUCCGGUUUACAUGGAUUUGCUGGAGAUCGAGGGGGAGACUGCUGUGGCGAGGUGAUACGCUUCGUCGGAGAUCGAGGAUGCGGUGAUGGUCGAAUCGUUGCGCUGCUGCUGUGUAUAUUAUAUAUAUAUAUACAUACUUACUAUAUAGUUGUAUUAGAUGUUGUACCUCGCUUGUUGCUUUAUUGUUACGACGAUUGUUUAUCGUUUGAUAACUUAAGAUAUAUAUAUAUAUAUAUUUCUCGACUCUUGAUGAAA